AUGGAAACAAAUGACCGGGAUGACAUUAAAAACUGCAGUGAAAAAGUUCUGAACAGAGACAGUCACGCAUUUGUUACUUAUGAUACAAGGACAGGGGCAAGACAAGGGAAGAAGGAGUGCCAGAGAAGCCUCGACUCCCGCCCGCCCGCCAAGUAUGACCGCGCAAGGCGGACCCCGCCCAAACACCCCCCGCCACCACGGCGCCCCCCCGAGGCUGCCCUCCGGCCACACUCCCUCCAGCACAGCUCUCGCUCUGAUAGACAGGAGUUAAGAGCGGCGCCAACCAAUGAGAGAGCGGACGGGCACGGAGGCGGAGCGUGCGAGAACCCAAUGGAAGAACUGCCCGGCCCCGAGAGGGUGGGAACAAAGUUGAGCUGCAGUCACCGGCGGCGUGCUCUACCCCAAUCGGAGCGUGGGCCCCGAUCGCUCUGUCCGGAUUGGUUAACGGAUGGCAGACGGGCCUUAGCUCUUUCUUUCCCCCAAUGGGAAGAGCCGCGGAGCCGGGGGCGGGCAGCACGCCGCCCCCACGCCGCCCCGCUAACCGCUGUCGUCCCCGCAGGCACCGUGGACAAGCACUCGGUGGAGGUCACUAACUGCUUCUCCGUCCCGCACAACGAGUCCGAGGAUGAGGUGGCUGUUGAUAUGGAGUUUGCCAAAAACAUGUACGAGUUGCACAAAAAGGUGUCUCCCAGCGAGAUCAUCUUGGGCUGGUACGCAACAGGUCACGACAUCACAGAACAUUCUGUCCUGAUCCACGAGUACUACAGCCGGGAAGCGCACAAUCCAAUCCACCUCACUGUGGACACAAGUCUCCAGAAUUCACGCAUGAGCAUUAAAGCCUAUGUCAGUGCCCCAAUGGGAGUCCCUGGUAAAACUAUGGGGGUAAUGUUCACACCACUGACAGUGAAGUAUGUUUAUUACGACACAGAGCGGAUAGGAGUGGAUCUCAUCAUGAAGACCUGCUUUAGCCCUAAUCGAGUGAUUGGCUUGUCCAGUGACUUACAGCAGGUGGGGUCAGCCUCAGCCAGGAUUCAGGACACCCUGGGUAUGGUGCUACAGUAUGCAGAGGAUGUAUUGUCUGGCAAAGUGGCUGCUGACAACACUGUUGGGCGUUUCCUGAUGGAUCUUAUUAACCAGGUGCCGAAGAUUUCACCAGAGGACUUUGAGACAAUGUUGAACAGCAAUAUUAAUGACCUUCUGAUGGUAACCUACUUGGCAAACCUCACACAGUCACAGAUUGCUCUCAAUGAAAAACUUCUGAGUUUAUAAAGAAACUUCUGCCACCCUACGCUUUGAAGAGCCUCAAGAGUGAGCAGAUACACACUUUCAUGAUGAUGUUACAAAUUCCCUUGGACCUUAACUUAAUUACCUAAACAAUUCGGUUUACAUCUUCAUUUCUUCUUCCCUGGAAAAUCCCUGACAUGGUUUAGGAAAUGAAUAGAACUCCCGCAAUUGGGAUGAGCCCGUAUUUUAAAAUGGAAUAAGUGAACAUUUUGUCUUCUGGGUUUAUCUACUUGUGUAACAAAGUGCAGCUUUAAUGUAAGAAAUUAUUUGAAAUAAAGUUCAGUUGUAUUGGCAAGAAUA